UAAUUUAUAAACUCAUAAACCUAUGUGGAGCUCUUCUGUAGUUGGUCUUGAUGGUAACCGAUAAUUAAUAUUAAAUAAGCAAUAACCGUAAUUAAAUCAAUAUAAGAAACUUUUUUUAAAAAGAGGAUCAAAGAAAAAUCUCAUAUCGGAAUGCCAGCAAAGAAUAAAUCCAAACGUCAAAUGUGAAUCAAACUUUCAUUAAUGUCACAUCAAAAUUUUUGUGUAUGAAGUGGAAAACUAAAUAAAAAAAAACACAAUGUAACGCAACAAUGUUUAGGAUAUGAUAAGUGUCAGAGGUUUCCUUGUGGGGAUGUUGAGGAGUGCGUUCGUAGUGGCCUUUCUCAGCAUACCAAACCCCGUGUCCGCUUUAACAGGAUUUAAAAGCUGGUCGAGGAAGGCUUUAUAUCACAAGGUCGAUCUCUGCACCCAAUCGUGUUACAGCCAAAUAAUCCCUGGACUUUAUUUAAGCAAUGCACGCGCUGCAGCUGACAGAAAUGUCCUCCGACAUCUUAAUAUCACCCAUGUCCUCACAGUGGAGGCUCAUAGGUUACCGAAGUCAACGUUCUUGGAUACGAAUAUCAAUACCUUAUUCAUCAGAGCCUUCGACACUCCGCACACAAAUCUCUUAGCGUAUUUCCCGAUGUCCAAUGCUUUUAUAGAAGAAGGUCUCCAAAAAGGAAAUGUUAUUGUACAUUGUCACUUCGGAGUAUCGCGGUCAGCGACAUUGGUAAUAGCAUUUAUAAUGCAAAAGUAUAAAAUAUCAUAUGAGCAAGCUUAUAACUUUGUACGUCAAAGGCGAAGAUUCAUAAACCCAAACCCGGGUUUCGUCAGCCAGCUAAAAGAAUAUCAAAGAUUGAAUUACGACGUGAACGGCUUCCAGAGAUUCGAAGCGUUCAUGAACGUGAAUGCAAGAAGACACAAGUAUAAAAUAGCGUCUUUGGCUGCUUUAGUAGUUGGAGUUCUGGUACCGUUGGCAGUUCUCAUCGUUUAAAAGGUUUAAGGUAACUUGUAAAAAUAGAAUAUAUAACAUGAAUCAUGAUGUUUUUUUAGUAAUAAAUAAUUUAAUUGUGAUAUAAA